UUAUUCAAACAGUUAAGCAUUGGAGCAGCUGCUGGCUGGAGCUGUGGGGACUGGGAGGGGUUUGGAGCAGCGGCUGCAAAGCAGGGCUCGCGCUGCCUGUUUUCACUGCCGCCGCAGCUCCGCCGGAGAGAAGGUGGGACUCGCUCUCCUGCCCCAGGGGGUCGGGACUCCGCUCGCCAGGAAAAGUUGUUCUCUUUCCUGUAUCCCGUUGAAGACGAGAGCAGGUGAAAGAGGAAGACGUCACUGUGGAGAACUGAGAGGUCUCAUUUGUGCUCCAACUUUUACUCGCCCUGAGAGAGACCAGCUGAGCCGGGAAGAUGCGUGAGUACACGGAGAAGAAGGAGACAUGCGGCACUAUCUGCCUCAAAUACCUGCUCUUCAUCUUUAACUUCUUCUUCUGGCUGGCAGGUGGGGCGGUGAUGGCGGUGGGUAUCUGGACUCUGGCCGAGAAGAGUGACUACAUCAGUCUCCUGUCCUCCAACACGUACAUGGCGACCGCCUACAUCCUGGUGGUGGCGGGAAUCGUCGUCAUGAUUACCGGGAUCCUCGGGUGCUGCGCCACCUUCAAAGAGCGGCGGAACCUGCUGAGAGUGUACUUCAUAUUGCUGCUGUGCAUUUUCCUGCUUGAGAUCAUUGCUGGAAUCCUGGCCUAUAUCUACUACCAACAGUUCUUCCCCGUGAGCCCGCAGCUGAGUAUGGAGCUGAAGCAAAACCUGAAGGACACCAUGACCCAGAAGUAUAGGAAGGAUGGAGAGGAGGGCGUGACCAGCGCGGUGGACAAACUGCAGCAGGAGUUCAAGUGCUGCGGCAGCAAUAAUGCUACAGACUGGAGUGAGAGCAUCUGGAUCAAAUCCGCGGAGGCCGGAGGGCGGAAAUUCCCAGACAGCUGUUGUAAGACGAUAACAGAAUGGUGUGGCCGGAGAGACCAUCCUUCCAACAUCUACAAGGAGGGUGGCUGCAUCACUAAGCUGGAAAACUUCAUCCAGGAACACCUGAAAAUUAUUGGAGCGGUGGGGAUUGGCAUUGCUUGUGUUCAGAUCUUUGGAAUGAUCUUCACCUGCUGCUUGUACAAGAGUUUAAAGUCAGAACCAUACUAGGAGCACCAGAAAUCCAUCAGCUCCCCCUCUACCACCACCCUCAAUGUCUGUCAACCCCACCAGCUUCUACCCAGCAGCAAAGAAACAUCAGUAACUCGAGGACUUCCUUAUGAAGUGACUCUUGGAUCAUCCAGCACCUACCCUGCCUCUGCCAGAGAAGGCCACCCUCCUUGAGGUGGCACAGGACGGCCAGGAGUUCAGGGGGUUCCCUGUGUGUUCUAGAGCAAUUGAACUGCAGAUUCCACUCUGCUAGAAGCUUUAACAAACCAGGCCCAUGUUGCAACCUCAAAGAGAAAUCAUCCAAGCCCAUUGGGGCCCAGCUGUUGAGGUAUCGGGAUUCCACACAAGAACAAUGGUUCGCUCUGGCUGAUAGACCACUCAGCAGUCUGUGCGCCGACCAUGAGGACGGAUGAUGUCUCUGUGCUGGGUGGGAGCCCACAUCAAUUCUCACAUCCAGAAGGUUCCCCUUGGGCCGUGCCCAUGCCCUAACAGAGCUAUAUUCCAUCUAUACCUGCUCUUGUCAGUUGCUGCCGUCACCUCUCUCCAUCUCCCCAGCAGGAGGGUGACCUGCCAGAACUCUGAUCUUGCCCGAGGUGUGGUCGGCUGGGGUUACCUUGCCCCUUCUUCCUCGAAGCCUCCAUCCCACUCAGAGCCCAUUGGGGGAACAGGGGCUCUUUGCCUUCAGUGACUGGAGAGGGAGUGUUCAAUCAUUUUCUGACUCUCUGCGAUUUAUAUUUUAUUUAGUGGUUUCCAGUGUAAAUGGGAAAAAUUAACUUGUCCCCCCUCCUGCUCCCUGUCUGGCAGGCCCUGGGCCAUGAGGGGAAUGUGUUGUACCUUGCCACAUAUGGGUGUUUAAAUCCUUUGCCCUUUCAGUUGCCGGAAUGGCCUACUGAAACACCACUCCCCAGAGAAACCCUCUCAUGUGACGAGAUACUCCCCAGCCGUAUAGGAUUAAUUCCUGCCCAAGAGAGACAGGUGUGGAGGCUGCAAAGGAAAUGCACUAAGGGUUUUGUACAGGCCUCCCUGGAUCUCAUUAAUCAGUUAGGCACUCUCUGGCUCUAAUUAAACCUGUAACGCUGUUUUCUCAUUCCUCUCACCCAGUAACCUGCAGGGUCAGCUUCAUCUGACUGCAAAAUAGACUCGGUAAAGUGGUAGUACCAGGGGAUGCUAGUUAACUGUCUGGUUAGUGUAAAUGCAUCGUGACUUCACUAGAAUCCGUGACACUUUUCAGGGGAAAAGAUGUCUGUUGCCAACAUAGUCCCUCCCUAUGGCUGUGAACCAUGGUGCCAACUGGGUGCUAGCUUGAAUUCCUGGCAGCUGCCCUGCUGCGCAGGGAUGUUGUUCUGAAUCGCCGAUGUUCCAUCGAUGCUUCCGAAGGAUAGACCCGGCACACAGGCACCUGGCAGGCUUUGCUUGGUGCAGCUGUGAAAUUUACAUAGCACCUUUAGAGACGCAUGGGUGAAAAUUGGGUCCUCGAAUGCCCAAACUGGUAAUUAGCUCUGAAGUGAAACUAAAUCAGGAAUGGAUGCCUUUCUAAAAAAAAACGUGCUGAAGCUCAACCUUCAGAGAUGGGUUUGAUGCAGGAGUGCUUCCCAUCAUAAGCACUGUCAGUAACCCCCUUCCAUCCCAGGCAUUCACGCUAUGCACCCAGCACAGCAUCCUAUGCGCGGUGACCCCUGCUCCAAACGAUUUACUACGCCACCCAGCACAGCAACAGAGUCAUGGCAUUCCCUGGGGCUGGAUCCUAUACCCUUCCAUGCUCUGAUUAAGUUUUGCUUCACAGAGAUCUCUGUGGUCCUGGUGCUGGAGGGGAGAAAUCACAAGCUACUAAGGUAUGUAAUUUACCCCUGAUGAUCAGCAACUGCAAAUCCCAUCCCCCCAAACUGAUUACUCCCCUCUCAGUCCCUUCAGAAGUUGGCCAGGGACAGCAGAGCCAGGGUGAAGUGAUGACUUAAAAGCACAUGUUGGGUUGUGUAGUAAAGUGAAUAACGCAGGGCUGUGUGGGUUGGCCGCCUUGAGAGUCCCAGCCUAAGAGUGUCUGUGGGUCCUUGGAGACACUUCCUCUGUCAGUAAGAGUGAACAGAGGUGGAGUGUGGAUUGGGAAAGUGCGUUCACUGCAGGAAGACAGUAUAAGCUGAGUGACUUAUUCCCUUCCUUGGCCUUUUGUUAUGGAGUCUGUCGUGACUCUGGGCACAUACUGAGACCAGCAGCCGGACAGUUAACAGUUGUGGAAUCCCCCAGUGUCCCACAGGGCCUGUUACACUAUCAGGAGGCUUUGCUCCAUAUACCAGAAACCUCCCGGUAAGAGGUUAAAAGGUGAUGAGGUGCGGGGGGAAAAUCAGGGCAGGUGAAACUGGGAAUCCCCAAUGCAGCAGCAACAUGAAAUCAUUCUAGAUGCUAACGCAGGCAAAGAGCAUGGGGGAGGGGCAUUUUUGCCCCUGGGGUGGUGGAAGGGGGAAAGAGAACCUAAAUUAUUACAGAACGCUCUAAAGGAUAAAACUCUAAAUUAUUGCUCGUUUUACACUUCAGUUCCUGAGAAGUUGACUAUUAACAAAAAGGAAAAUACUGAGCACAUUGCUUGAAGCAAUAUUUCUAGUUACUUAAGUGUGUAUUGCUAGUUGUCUAUACCCACUCCCUGGAAGGCAUACUGUCCAGAGGGAGGGAGUGACCAGGCCUUUGUCCGCUGAGCUGUUUCCCCCAUGUCAUAGUCAUGGUUUGUUUGUUUUUAUAACUCACUUUAAGUUGCUGGUCAAUUGACAAUAAAGCUAAAGACUCUACUUAUCCUUUGUACCAAUACCAAAGAGAUAACAUGCAGUCAUGGUUUCGCAGGAUUGCAGGGUCCACAGCGACAGGAAGGGUCUCAGAGAAAACAGGCUAAAGCUGGGGGUUCACGAUCCUCAAAGGGGUUGCAAACAACUGUGAGGAAAUCCCACCAACCCUGCCCUUCCCCUAUUGCUCAGUGGGAGCGGGGGUCUCCAGAUGGAAAAGCGCUGAUCUACAGGAGCUGGUUUGCAGAGUGCUGAGCACUUGCGGGUCCUGGGAGCUGUUGUUGCUCAGUGCUCCUGGAUAUCCGACCCUGCAAGGUGCUGAGAGCCAUUAACCCCCAUUGAAGCCAAUACAAGUUUAGAGCAUUCGGCACUUCCUGUUCCCCAGCAAGAGGCCUGAUCAGAGCUCAUGGAUGUCUAUGGGAAAACUCUCAUUGGCUUCACUGGGCUUCGGAUCAGGCCCAGGCUGAAGCAUGUGUCUCGGGGCACGAGUGUGCGUAGUAUACAGUACACACUGUAAAUAACAAGGGAUGAAUAAAUAGUGAGCAUGGGACAGGAUAAAAAAACCAGCUGGACUCAGCUGGUCCUUCAAACCUGAACAAGUUGAUCUGGGAGAAUAGAGUGGGAAGCAGGAGACAAAUUAGUUCCGUGGCACUGUUUAGCCAGCUUGAUAGGGGUCCAGUCCCGCAAGGUGCUGAGCCACCACAGCUCCUAAGGUAGCUCCGGACCCAGCAGCUCAUGGAGUCAGGCCCUGAGUGAGCGCACACACAGCUGUUUGCACACACUGUGCCGCAUGCUCAGCUUCACAUUCAUUGCCCUAGUGAGAAAGGCCCUGCUGUCCAUGACACAUGCAAAGAGUGACAGCAGAGGCAAGCUCAGUACAGCUCCCAUAGGCUCUGCCAGGGGGCAGCUCCUGUCCAGCCCAGUGGCUAGUGCUGCUGCCUCUGGCCUGCUAGGGGCUGUGUUCAAGUCCUGGCAGCAGCAACAGGCAGGAUGUGCGUGAGCAGUGAGUCCAACCCCUGGCCAGAGAGCCCUGUUCCGUGGUUAAUUCUGCUCUACCGGCUGACCACCAGUCGCACUCACCCACGCACACUACUCUUAACUGAAGUCCUCCACAUCUGGUACAGUGGCUUGCACUGGCUACUGCAGGUCAGUGGAAUGCAGCACCAGUGUGUUGCUAUACGAUGAGCUCUGCUUCUGUCUUGGGGCCUGUGCUGCAGGGAUGCAUUCCUGUGUCUGUGGCCUGGGCACAUGUGUGCCCUUGGCAUAACUCACAGCAGUCUAGUCUCAGCCCUGGAUGUGUGCACGGAGAGUGCAGGAGCAGAUGAGUCUGGCAGCCUCUUUGCAGUCCAGCUUUGAGCUCACCCUGUGUUUGCCGUAGGAAUUAAAAAUGACAACCGUAAACCACAAGUGCCCUCCUUAUUAGCCCUGUGCCAAUAUCAUAGGAGUGAAAGGCUGGAGAAAUGUCCUGCUAUUAACGUGUCUGACCACAGAGUGGCACUGUGCAUCCCACAUAGAGUCAUUGCAUGAAGCAUUGCUGCAUCCCAGCUAACCAAGCUGGGCCUAAUGCAAAUGGUGCAGCUUUAGGGGGUGCGCCUGCCAGGCGCCUCUCCAGACCCGAGGAGAGCAUAUUGCACGUAACUCCAGAAGUGGAGAGGCCUCUGCUCCCCUCCUCUGAUGGAAGGAAGUUAGUUGCAGCUCUAGAAAAAUGUGCAUUUUCACAUCACAGGGGAGAUUCUGUUAUUGCAGACUGUGCCAAGGUUGGCCUGGGGCAUGGGAAAAUGUUGCAAUGUACUCAGGCCUAAAAGGGGGGAUAUGAGAGCAAAAGCCUGUUCAAACCACCUUAUGUAAUAAAUACAGUUCUUGGUUCACCCUUUGCCUGUCCUUCCCUCAUGUUCCUAGCUUUGUUUCCUCCCGGGGCAGUUCACAUGCAUUGGAACUGGCCCAGCCAGAAGUAUCACACAGCACUUCCUCCACUGAGCACCAUCGGCUCAUUCACUUGUACGUCCUGCGCUCAGGGCAGGCCAGUUACACUUUAUUGUUACGCCCAUCGCGGUUCUAAUUGGCUUAGCUCUUGGAGCCCAAUGGGCACGCGACAAAAUCUCUGGUCCCUUUGGGAGUGUUGGAAAACACACCACUCUGACUGGGAUAGUCCUCCUCACCUUCACACCUCAGGAUAACCCCACUGCCCCUCCUCAUUGUCGUAUGCUUCACACUAACCCAACUGCCCCUUCCCUGGCCCCAUUGUCCUCUCCCCAGUGCCCUCUGCCCCAUACUAACCCAACUACCCCCUCCCCAUUGCUGUAUGCCCCACGCUAACCCAAUUGCCUUCUCACCAUCUUCCUUGAGAUGCCAAGCCAAGAAAAUGUAUUGGGAUCUCUACAGAGAGCCCCACUCCUCCCAUGUCUCCUAUUUAAUCUGGAGGGUUUCCCAAGAGACCUCGUAAAGCUUGUUUCUUUUGCAGCCUAUGAAUUCUCCCCCUCCCAUCUCCAUCCCCACUUACUCCCUCUCUUUGACCAUGGGGCUGCCCAUAAUAUCGUUCAUCCCCUUGAUCAAAUGAAUUAUUUUGUGGCAGUCCAAGGGCCCGUGUUGUACAGGUCGGACGAGAUGAUCACAGUGCUCCCUUCUGGCCUUCGGAUCUAUGAAUUUGCCUCAUGCUGCUCUGCCCUCCUCCUAGUGCUCUGAGUGGGGUUCAGCAAAGCACACUGCUUCAUGGAGAACUUAAUAUUGCAAGCAUCUUAGUUGCAGAACGGUGCUUUUAGCCAUGACUGAUGUUUUGUAUAACUGUUUUUGUACUAAUGUGGAUGGCGGUUGACACUGAAAUCGGGAUUUGCGAGAUGUUAGCCCCUUGCCAGGGCACCUGUUAGCGUUUCACUGCCAGCCGCCUGUCUUUGGUUCACGGUGCACUGGUUAGCACGGCUCGCACAGGGACCGAGGCGCUGCACACGCGUCACACAUUGGUUAGCAUUGGUCAGGUGUGUGCCUGUGAGGUGCACAUGUGUUGCUCACUGCACCGCUGGCUAACAUUGCUCACACGCGGCCCUGGGAGCUGCUAUAAGAUGCUAAAUAGCAAUUGGGGUUUUACUAUUCUGCUAUUUGUAACCUGGCCUAUUUCCAUGCUAUUAAAGUGCAGCUAUUAUAACCUCCAA